GUUCGACAAGUUCGAGCGAUAUAGACUUUUACUUGGUCAGUCUUUUUCUGGCCAAGACCUGGUAGAUUCCCAGGGCCGCAGAGAGGGUUCCAAUGGCUCCGAUUUGGAGGGUUGACAUCUUCCCACCCCACAAGUAACCUCUGGGCAGAAUGCCGACAGCGUGGACGAGAUCAAGGGAGAUGCGCGCAAGGGAGACCGCGUCCUGCCGGCUUAGCUGGUUCCGCUUCAGCGAAAAAGUCCUCAAUGUCCUCACGAGGUUCAGGUACACGGAGAGCACACAGAAAAUGGAGUUGGCAUAGCUCCAAGCUGUCCUAUUUCUCACAUCUAAAACCCUGUUCUCGGCCAGCCAGCAGAUGGUCUCGAUGGGGUAGAAGAGCAGAUCCACCGCGUUGGACAUCACGCCCAGUACGGCCGUGAUGCGAUCCGGCUCACACUCGCCCAAUCCGUAAUCCAGGGUGUACUGAAUCACGGGAAGAUCCUCGAUCAGACGCAGAGUGGCCUGGGCUCCCGAGAUCUUCGAGCUGACGGUGGCACAUCGUUGGGACAGGUCUGGGUUACGCUUGGCCUGGUAUCCCGCCGCCAACUUGGCACCUUGGCACAACGCCUCCAUCAGGACAUCCCGACCGCCGUAGGAACCAAUGAGACCACAGACUUCGUUUAUAAACAUGGCCCUAAAGGUUUGACUUAAUAAAAGAUUCGUAAUGCUUUAUGGGAGGUGGAAACUUGAACUAAAGUGCGGCAGUGGCUGUGGAAUAUAUAGCCCCAACUCUCGACCGAUUUCGAUAACAGGUUUUCAAAUUCGAUUGCACUGAGUUCUGAGAGCGAUAUCGCCGAUCUUAUCCGGUUCGCUCUCGGCCUCCCACUCUUUCCGUUUCACCUCUCCGUCUCUCUUCCAUCUUUCUUCCACGUGCCCUCUCCAUCUCGCUCUGCCAUGCAACAGCUCAAUCUUCUAUCCCUCUUUACUGCAAAAUCCACUUUGUUAUUGACAAACAAAUAUAGAAAACCAUGGAAAACUACUAGAAAAUGUGUAUAAUAAACUGAUGUUUUUGCCAUGUAGUAAACCCAGAGAAUUUCCAACAAAUGUAAAAUUCCACUUGUAAAAUUUACAGACGAAAAACUAUUACGUUUCUACUAUUAUGUUUCUUCUUUUAACGAUCUUAUAAUAAUAUUUUAACUUAUAAUCCACCAUUUUGGUCUGAUUCCAAGUUGGGUUCCUUUCCUGUACACUGCCUUUUGCCUUCUGAUUUACCGAUCUGCACAUGCAACUCCCCAAACCCACUCGAUCCAUCCGUGUGAUCAACUGAGAGAACAACUGCAUUAGUGUUUGAGUUUCCGAUAGACUCACCCACACAGUCUCACGUAUUCACUCGCUCUUUUCUCCCAGUUGGAGGCUCGUUUUACGUACGUGAACGGGAGAGCGCUGCGAACUAUGGUAGUAUGUGUUUUUUACAGGCACUCACUAAUACCACCACAGUGCUCGCCGCUCUCGCGUAAUUUUUGAGCUCUUUGCAAAGUGAUCAGCUGUUGGAUCAGCUGUUUGGGGAACACCUCCUAAAAGGAAGAGCUUCUCCUGUUUUAUUUGAAACUGGGAAGAUAUACUUAUAGGGAGUAGAAAAAAUGGAACUGUACUUUUCUGAAGGCAAACUUCUAGAAUUUCAUAUCAAAGCACGUAGUUUCACAAGGCUGUCACAUGGCAACACCCAGAAAUAGAGGCGUAGAAAACAUGGAGGCCUUGCCUGACCGGCUAUACCUAAUAUACAUUUGUUGUUUCUAUGAGUAUACACACAAUGGCGAUAAGCAAUUCUCUGUCUCGAUCGCUCUCACUGACCACCUCGAAACAAGGCGGUAUAAAAGGCAGCGAUCACUCUCACUCGGUAUUCAGUUAGCACCAGGCGAGCGAACUUGCAGCAGCGAAAAUUACACAGUUUUAGCCAACAGUUUUUACUAACCUCCGUAAAAAUGAGUUCCAACUCCCUGUUCGAGACCGACGAAGAUCUCGCCCAGGCCCACAAGUUUUCCAGGAAGGUGAAGGAAUCUCCCUUUAUGCUGGUGGGGAUUGCCGGAUUCGUGGCCGCCGGUCUGGUUGGGGCCUACAAAUACCGGAACCGAGGUUCCAUGAGCACCAGCGUCUUCCUGAUGCAGCUGCGAGUGGCCGCCCAGGGAACGGUGGUGGGAUGCUUGACCGCCGGACUGGCCUACACCAUGGCCAAGGAGUAUCUGUUCCACGAAGAACCCAAGGACAACAGCAAGCCAGUCGAGUGAAGAAGAGAGAUGUAGAAAAACCUUAUGCUUGCACAAAAACGAUCCAGCCCACCUCUUUAGAAGAAAGUAGGAAGAUCUGCAUUUGGUGGUGAUCUACGUACUGUGUACUAUGCACCACCGAAAAGUAUUAGCCACCCGACUCUACCUCCAUUUCACAUUUACUUUUUUCAUCUGUUUCACAAAAUCGUAGUUUUAAGCAACAAAUUGUACUUACCAAAGAAUAAAACUCAAUGAUAUUUUCACUGUA